CCGCCUCCCGCCCGCUCCGCAGCGCCAGCUCGGCAGGCGCGGGGUGUGAGUGUGGAGUGAGACCCGCCGGGCUCCAACUCCGCAGCGCCGGAGCGCGGCGGGCAGCAACUUUCUCCCGCGAGCGGCCGUGGCGGCGGCUGCUGCCGUGGCAGCCGGAGCGGAAGCCGGGAGGAAGAAGGCGGCGGCGGCGGCGGUUGCUCCCGCCGGCUCGGGCUGUCCAGCUCGCUGAGACUGCCGGCCCGCGGAGCCGCGUCCCCCCGGGCAGCCCCGGGCCCCUGCCCUAUGUCCCGCAAGGCGAGCGAGAAUGUGGAGUACACGCUGCGGAGCCUGAGCAGCCUGAUGGGCGAGCGGCGCAGGAAGCAGCAGGAGCCGGACGCGGCAAGCGCGGCCGGGGAGUGCAGCCUCUUGGCGGCCGCCGAGUCGAGCACCAGCCUGCAGAGCGCGGGCGCGGGCGGCGGCGUCGGGGACCUGGAGCGCGCGGCGCGGCGGCAGUUCCAGCAGGACGAGACCCCCGCCUUCGUGUACGUGGUGGCCGUCUUCUCUGCGCUCGGCGGCUUCCUGUUUGGCUAUGACACCGGGGUGGUGUCAGGGGCCAUGCUGCUGCUCAAGCGGCAGCUCAGUCUGGACGCGCUGUGGCAGGAGCUGCUCGUGUCCAGCACGGUGGGGGCGGCUGCUGUCUCGGCGCUGGCCGGAGGCGCCCUCAACGGCGUCUUCGGCCGCCGCGCUGCCAUCCUCCUGGCCAGUGCCCUCUUCACCGCCGGCUCCGCGGUGCUGGCCGCGGCCAGCAACAAGGAGACGCUGCUCGCCGGCCGCCUGGUCGUGGGACUCGGCAUCGGCAUUGCUUCUAUGACAGUGCCAGUGUACAUUGCGGAGGUCUCACCACCCAAUUUAAGAGGCCGAUUAGUCACCAUUAAUACCCUCUUCAUCACAGGAGGGCAGUUCUUUGCAAGUGUUGUUGAUGGAGCCUUCAGUUAUCUCCGGAAGGAUGGAUGGAGGUACAUGUUGGGACUUGCAGCAAUUCCGGCAGUUAUACAGUUUUUUGGCUUUCUCUUUUUGCCUGAGAGCCCUCGAUGGCUUAUUCAGAAAGGACAGACUCAGAAGGCCCGCAGAAUUUUAUCUCAGAUGCGUGGUAACCAGACCAUUGAUGAGGAAUAUGAUAGCAUCAAAAACAACAUUGAAGAGGAGGAAAAAGAGGUCGGCUCAGCUGGACCUGUGAUCUGCAGAAUGCUGAGUUAUCCCCCAACUCGCCGAGCCUUAAUUGUGGGUUGUGGACUACAAAUGUUCCAGCAACUCUCAGGCAUUAACACCAUCAUGUAUGUAUUUCUUUCUGGCUUUUUACUGAAAAGAUUGUGAAAGGAUUAUUUUACAUGAAAUAGUAAAAAGUAUUUCAUGUAAAUACUAUACUCAGUGAUUUAUUCUGAUUAAAUGUAUGGAUUCUCCUUUUGGGAGAUACUAACUUUACAAUUUUUUAAUUCGAGUAAUUUGUAACUAGACAAAGGUGAUUUAUUUUGUUUGUUAUAUUAUUGGCUUUAUUUGAUUCCAUAAAAUGUCUCUUUUAUGACAUCCAAUACCUCCUUGUAUUCUGAGCUUAAAUAUGUCAUUUUUUAUAAACCAUUUCCUGAUGGUGGUUGGAAAGUAAAAUAGAAGGAAAUCACCUGGCAUUGCCAGAGAUUAUGGGCACACAGAUAACUAAUUAGUUUCUUUUUGGUGCAGUCUACUACAGUGCAAUGUGAUAAGCACAUUAGUAGAAGUACGUUGAUUAUAACCAGAGUAUGGUAGAGGGGAAAUUGAGUGGGAAGGAUAGUGGGGAAUACAGAAAAGUUCCCUGUUCUCUAAUUGUAAGAGUAAUUCCCAAAGCUGUAUGUUUGCUGGGGGUGGGAAGGACUAAAUAUUAGGGGCUCUACUAGGUUUCCCUCAUUCAGUAUUAAACCCAUUUUUGAGGGCCUCUAUUGCCCUAGACCUACAGCAGUAACUAAAGUAGACCUGGGUCUUGUCCUCAUGGAUGUACAGGCUGGCAGAGGAAACACACAUUAAAUAAGCUCACAGUUAAAUACAAGAUUUCAAAUUAUGAUAAGGGCCAGACAGGACUCUCAAUUCUCCACAGAGUAGACUUUUAAGAUCCUAAAUAAUAAAAUGCAGUUUAGAGAAGGUUAUGUGCUUUCCCAGGGCACAUAUUGUUAGAUUAAAAUCUACCACAUCUUAGAAGUCCUCCCCACCCCCUUCCUAUUGAUUGAAGUUUUUCAUUAAGAAAAUACAAAUUAUAUAAAAUUAAAUUUUCUCUGGUAAACCAUUUGUAUUUGAGACUCUUGAUUUUUUUAAUUACUUGAGAUAUGAUGAAUUAAAUAGUGACAGUUUGAGAAGAGUGGAUUGAUUAAAAUAUUUUUAAAAAAUAAGGAUUAGGACCCAAUGAACCAGUAGAUUAAAUCAAGAUUUGUUAAGAAACUCCAUUUUCUAUACAUUCACACACUUUGUGGAUUUGACUUUAAUCAUAAUGCCUGUUAGAUGUUAACUUUCGAGACUACAUUUUCAAUAUUUUGUCCUGUCCUCCUUCUCUCUGACAUUAACUUUCAUUUUUUCUCACCUUUGCCAACUCUCUUAAGGCUCAUCUGUUGGUCUAGUGCCAGGCACGUUUUGCUUGUUUGUUCUCUGAAUUUGGUACAUCAUGACUUGUUCUGAGAUGUGUCCACCUUCUGCAGUCUGGUGGAAGUAGAGAAUUGCAGCUAGGCUAGAACCAAGCAUCAAAUAAUCGGAUGCAUUAAGAACCCUAUGUGAAUUCGUUAGCUGACCAACCUAAUACGUGUUCUGUUUCCGAAAAUAUGUUUUGUUUGUUAUGCUUUUUUUUCUAAGCAUUUAAAGUUGACAAGUAUAAAAGCAUAGAAAGUGAAGGAUUUUUCUUGUACUUUUUUUGUUUUCACUUCAAACAGGUACCAAAAACAGAGCCAACUCUAGUUUAUGGGUAGUGACUGGGGCUAAUGUGUUCCUAGUUUGAAAUGACUGUCAUAAUCCAUUAGCAGUAACUGGUGUAAAUUGAGCUGAUUGACGUUGUCAAAUUUUAAUAAAACAUUCAUUUCUCCAAA